ACAGCCUAGGGAUGAUGGCUCCAUUUAUGAGAUUACUUUCAAUUGUGGUGUUAGUGAUAAUUAUGGUUACAUCAGGAGCAAAAUUGAUUGAAUCAUCAAGAGCUUUCACCAUAGUAAACGAUUGCAAAGACACAAUUUGGCCUGGGAUCUAUGGGGAGAAUUUUGGUGGUGACGGAUUUGCUCUAAAAUCAGGCCAAUCUACUGUCUUUAAUGCUCCGGUUGGAUGGUCUGGUCGGAUAUGGGGUCGAACCGGUUGUAAUUUUGAUGAAAAUGGCAAUGGCUCUUGCCAAACUGGUAGCUGUGGCAAUUCAAUCAAAUGCAUAGCUUCAGGCAAAACACCAGUCUCACUUGCUGAAUUUACACUUGCAUCUAUCGAUUAUUACGAUGUUAGCCUUGUCGAUGGAUUCAAUUUACCGGUCGUCGUUAAACCGUUAAAUGGUAAAGGGAACUGCACUGUUGCGGGUUGUGAUGGUGAUUUGAGACCCUAUUGCCCACUAGAACUCGCCGUUAAAUCCGGCAAGAAAAUUAUCGGUUGCCGGAGUGCUUGUGAUGUAUUUGGUACUGAUCAAUACUGUUGUAAUGGUAACUAUGGGAACCCAGUGACAUGCCAGCCUACUUAUUACUCCAAGAGGUUUAAACAGGCUUGUCCUGCUGCUUAUAGUUAUGCAUAUGAUGAUCCAACCAGUGUUUUUACUUGCUCAGCAUCUGACUACCUCAUCAUCUUCUGCUCAUCAAGGAAGGAUAAGGUUUGCAUAUUUCAUGAUCACAAACUCACCUGCAAUGGAUCAAAUGGCUUAACAGCACUUGCUGGACGACGGUGGACAAUAAUUCUCGGAUUUAUACUGAUAAUUAUUAAUCUAUGGAUUGUGUUUUAAGAAGAUUUAAUUCUUGUAUCAUUUUUUCCCUCUUCUCCUUUUUUGAAAAUA